AUGGACCACGAGACUUCAGGCGCGCAAGAAUGGAACUUGCCUGGAUACGGAUGUGUCAAGCUGAAAGAGCCCAAGCCAGCUUCCAAGCCUACUACAACUCAAGAGCCCAUUUCCAAAACCCAAGGCCCUGCCGCGAAAAAGCCUCCCAGCCAAAAGCCAAAGGGUGGAAUACCGAUUGAGAUACCUAGUGGAAAGUCAUCCUUCGAGAAUCGGUCAAGAGGCUGGGCUCGCGUACCACCGAAAAGCCGCGGCCGCGGUGGGUUCCGUGAUACAUCGUGGUCUGCAGUUCCUCCCUCGUCUCGUCAGCUAAGGAAUCUCUUUCAGGACUCCCCUGCCAAGUCAAAAUGGAGAUCGGGAAGCGAGCCAACUUAUUCCUUGACGUUGCCCGCCCCCUUUGGUUCCUUCAAACAUGAGUUUUUUGGAGUGGCAAGAAGGCAUGUUUUAGGCGGAGCCCAUUCGGAAGCUCAUCCCCAGCAGGAGGUAUUUGAUGCUAUCAGCAAGAGGACUGGUGCAUAUGUAAAGCCACCCUUGUAUAAAGAAACGGUAAUGUGCAUAUGGGGUGAAGAGGCCCAGGUUACCGCUGCAAAGGAACUGCUUGAAGGUAUCAUUUCGAAGUGCAUUAGUCUGCAACGUACGUUCAGCAGCAAGAAAGUUGAAUGGCCAAAAAUCCUCGCCCAUUCAGUCAACAAAGAGGCAAAUGCCGAGAUGGUAGAGAGACACGAGAGCAUCAUGACCCAGUUGAGGAAGGCACCGGACAUGCCCUACGUAUUUCCAGAGCAGUUGCUUUUUCUCUGGCCUAAAGAGGGACCUACCAUCAAAGAGGCACUUGGACCCGAGCUUGAAUCCCUUGACCUAAUCAGAUCCAAGUUCCUAUGCCAUGUCUUCAUUCCAAAGGAUUCACCAGAUUUCAUUCGUAUUCUUGGUCAUGACCAUGAUAUCAUCAAGCACAUCGCCGACCUUUUGAGAACUAAAUGGGCCGAAGGGGUUGCGAAUAGCAAUAUCGUAUCCAAAGUUUACAUUGUCGAGCCACCAGCGGCAGGAUAUAUGAAAAGAAAGAUUGUUGUUCAAGAGAGCAAUACCCUGCACAAGCCCUCGCUCUCCGGCACCCCAUUGUGUGAAUCUGAAUUGGAAAGCUGGCGCAGCCGAGCAAAGCUUAUACAGUCGAAGAACAAUGGGCGCAUUCUGAACGCCGUCGAAAAAUCGUUGCGGGGACUUGUUUUCGUCCGUGGUCAUUUGCGCAUGCGAGUGAAUAUUGGCUCAUUCAUUCUUGAGAAUUACCGACUUCCCAAAGAAGACAAAUCCUGGUAUGGGUUUGAAGAGUUCCGAGAGAUGCUGCUGUACGACCAAACCAAAGGCCGCUUGAUCCCCGGAUUGAAAGUCGACCAAAAAAGACUUCUUGCAAGAUGCUACAAAGCAACUCAUCUAUUCGAGCCCUACGAUACUACAUGCUCUUCGUUGGAGGAUGUAGAGCUUGCGUACUCUGUCAAUUUCGAGUUUAUAGGCUCGAACAGUUCGAUGCUCCGGCUUGAAGCAGAGUUUGCGAGAAGCCCCGGUGCACAAGAGUAUGAGAUUACGCAGAGACGAUGGCUCAGACCUCGCAAGAGUGGCCAAGAUACUGAGAGGCAGGCACCUCUGCAGAUUGGGGUCAUUGAUUUUGAAAGAUCCGACUGGCAGCUCGAGGUCAAGUCUUUGGAGUUUUACGAAGCAUCGUCGAUCGAUGACUCCCUGAAGUCAUUUUCUCGUUUAAUCGCAUUCCGCCGUUCUGGGACCAUGCGCGACAUCUGUGCAGAGCCUCAGAGGAAGGUGAUGUUUCCCCAAUCAGCUCCGGUGGCCAGGUUUGUGGAAAAGACAGCCAUGCGGUAUCUCCUGAAAAACACCGAUUACAUCCUCGAAAUUGCUCGAUAUGACGAAUAUAGUCGCGUCAACACUCAAAACUUCCAAGCGCAAGGCCUAGCGGCUAUGGUGAGCAGCGAAAUCUCUAGUGUCCCAUCGACAUCAUGGGGUGCAUCUAUCUUUGAUCCCCAAUGGGACAAUUUGCUAGGAGGCCACGCGAAUUUGUCAGUCGGGCAUUCAGCUGGUUACAACACCGAUCUUGAUACAUUCUUCCCAGCCCAGGUAUCCCCGUUUGAAGGCAAGAACACGGGCUUCUGGGAAUUUAUGUCCUUGGUCAAGAAGAUAGCUGCGGUCCUUGGCUCGACUUCACCAAACAUUGCGGCCGAGCGCUCCUCUCCGAAGUUUUCCAGUACCAAGAAGCCACGACCUGCUUCACAGGAUCCGACUACUUUGGGAUCUCAGGGUACCGGUUUGAUGCAGGCAGACCUAGGCACUUUGUUUUAA